AUGGAAAGUUAUGGUCGAGGGGGGACGUGACGCUGUCUCAAUGUUCGCGUUGUGCUCGUGAUUCUGGCAUGUUAAAGCGGGGGAAUUGGUACAAUCUUUCCGCGAUACUUUUGCUUUGAAGGGUCGAUGCCUUGUCGAUCACCGCUUCCAACUUUAAGUAUAUUUCCACAAGGCUUUCCGGUUGCACAGGUUUGAAAGCAGCUGAUUUUUCUCCCUGCGUUUUAUUUAAUACAUCGUGAAGUUUCGGUAUCUCUGUUUCUUACUUUUGUAACAACAUCUAUUUGACCGAGAGCUGAAGGAUUAUCGUUUUCAUUGUACAAGUUAUGAUGAGUUUGUGACUGUUUAUAAACCAGAAAGGGGGAAAAAAGCACUUCGAUAAGGAAGCGGCUAACGUCAGUAAUGAUUUUACCAGCUGACAGGUGGGAGUAGUGUAUGAAAGUGCUCUACAAUGUGGACGGAUAAGCAAAGAGGAAUCCGAGUUUCUCAGGAGGAGCUGCUCUGCAAGAACGCCUGUGGGUAUUAUGGAAACCCUGUAUGGCAAGGCUUCUGCUCCAAGUGCUGGAGAGAGAAAGCACAUCCAGCUGGAGCCUCGAGGCAAGACACAAGGCCGAGAAAUGAUGGAACUCCUCUCACAUUCUCCAAGUUUGAGGAGAAGAAAAGCACUGAGAAAGGUCGUCGAAUCAACACAAUGAGGAGACUCUUCUGGGGCAGCCCAUCGCCUCCUAAACAUCAAGAGUCUUCUGAAAGCCAUGCUAAUGUGUUGAAAGCUUACCAGAGCCUCGAGGCCGGGGACUUCACUGGUUUCCUAAAGAUACUAAAGAGCCCUUCCUCCCAGCGCUUGCAGUCCCGAUGUACAGCCUUCCUCAACACAAUGGAGGCUUACCAUGAUCUGCCGGUAGAGAAGCAGUCAGAUCUUGUGCAGGAUUUCUACCAGUCUUUUGCUGAAUAUUUUAACAGUUUUCCUGAGGCUCAGGUCACUCAGAUAAUGGAGCAUGUAGAGAAGUUAAUAAUGACACGGUUGCACAAAUGGGUUUUCUGCCAUGACAGCUGUGAUGACGAACAGAAGGACCUGGCUCUCCAGAGGAGGAUACGCUCCUUAAACUGGAUCACUCCGCAGAUGCUGAGCGUACCUUUUCCUGAUAAAAAGACUGCAGUCACAGGCGACCCCUUUCUGCCUGCUAUAACAGCUAUAAUCGAGAUGGAUGCUAAACGAGCGCCUCAGGACAAACUUGCAUGUGUGUCCAAAUGCAGUCAGCAUGUCUUUGAAGCGCUCUCCACUUCAAACAGUGAGCCUGCUAAUGCUGAUGACUUCCUGUCAGGCUUGGUUUAUGUGGUGCUGAAGGCCAAUCCACCUCGCCUGCACUCCAACAUGCAAUAUGUGAUUCGUUUUGGUCUCCCUCACAGUCUGAUGGCAGGAGAGAGUGGCUACUAUUUCACAAAUUUGUCUUGUGCCGUGGCCUUCAUCGAUAAGCUAGAUGGACCAGCUCUCAACCUCAGUCCAGAGGAGUUUGAGGGCUACAUGCUGCGUCAGCGUGCUCCCUCUGUAGGAAAGAGGCAGCAGGUUGCCAGUGAGACACAACAUCUGUUAGAAGACCUUAAAGGCAGACAGGAGAAGCUGGACCAAGGGAUGGAUUCUCUUAAUGUGCAGCUACAAAAUUGGGUCCAUGCUGUUCAUUCACAACUGGAUGAGGCAACGGCCCAGUUUGCUCUGGGACAGAAGGAGAUAAAAGCUCAGACUGAGCCCUCACAUGAUUCUUCAUCCUCAUCUCAUGACUCAUCACCGCAAGGCGACGACAAAGACGAGUCUGUGUUGAAGCUUACGGAUCAACAUGCAGGUUCACAAGAUACAGACUGUUAGCUGUAUUAACAAAAACACCUGAUCUGGUACUUAACUCUUUUUAAUCAUCAGCACUAAGGAAAAAAACACAGAUUUAUAUUCCAAACUUGUACACAUUCCAUUCCAUAGAAAGCUGGGAUUUGUAAGCCAGUUGAACAUGAAGGAAAACUUCUUGAAGGAAACUAUUUGCUUUUGGUAAAUGAAGUGCAUUAGAAAUACAUUCCAAUUUAUAAUAACAGAUGUGAUCAGAAUUCUUAUUUAAGCUCUCAGGAUGCACAACACUUGGGGAUAUCACUUAACACUUAUUUGAUAGUCACUUUUUUCUAAUGGUGUAUACCAAUGUGCCUCUAUGUAAACUGCUGUGAAAUAAAAAGUAAUACAAAAUGAUACAGGACAAAAUGUUAGAUGCCAGUUGUAGACCACUACAAGUCAGAGUGUAUUGAGUUAAACUACAUUUUUUUAGGUCUGUGGAACUGUUCUCAACAGGCUGCCUUGAAGAAGAAAUAACUGGUGCAAAAGAAUUUGCAUCACAUUUUUCCAUCUGCGAUAGUGUGCAGAAGGUUUGUGUAUUUACAACUGUUGAAAAGUUUCUGAAGUAAUUAUAGGGGUUUAUGCUAUGAUCAAUUAUUGUAUUCAAUAUUAUAUUAAAGUUGACUGAUUUAUAUAUUAA